CCAAGCUUACGGAUGUGCUUCGCGGAGAAACGGUUAAAGAAACGAGAAAAUAAGAAAGAAGCGCGCACGCUUUACCCACAAAAUUAGUAACGAAAGAUAGAACGUACGAGUGAAUUGAGCUUGCACGCAAGCAGACGGGCGCUUGCGUGAACGCGAAACUUGUGCUGUGUGGUUAACAAAAACAAAGAAAGAAAGAUAUAUUCAAAGAACUCGAAGAACGUGUAAAGAUUUCCGAUCCGUCUUUUCUUUUCUAUUGUGUUGGGCACUGUGUGUUGCAUGCGUGCGUGUUGCAGCAACAUAAAUCCAUGCGGUGCAACACACAAAUGCUAGCAGUGUGCCGUCAAAAUAUCAGUUAGGCAUGGUCCGUCACGAUAGACGGUCGAUGGCCGCAACUAACUGGCUGAACGCAAUAAGAACAAAAGCGCCUGAAAUGCCGAAAUCGAAAACGCAUAUACGCGUGCAGAGGCACACAUUAUUCAGUGUUAUCGGUAUAAUUUGCGUGUUGCAAGUGCAGCACGCAGCGUUUGCACUUGAUGCCGCGGCUAUUGCGAGUUACGCGGAUAAUGGGUCAAUGGCUGUUGGCCGCAGUGCGCACGAGCCAAAAUUCGGUGAACGUUUAUUGCCAUUGCGUAAGAAAAAUGUGAAUAACUUAAGUGUUGCGAGACCAGAAGCGGUGCCUAGUACGACUGCAAAUGAUAAGCAUGUAAAUAGUCUAUUAAAUAAAAGUGAUUAUGUAGUGAGUCAUGAAAAUAGUGCAAAAGUGCAUAAUAAUAUUAUUGAAAAGAGUGAAGAGAACGAUUCAUUUACAGAGGUCGUCACCACGUUGGAUAGCGACUAUGAAACUUUUGCCGGAAAGCCAAAGUCAAGGCAAGCAAAACAAUUAAAUCGGCGUGAGGAUAGUAAUAUGGCUGAUGUUAUCGAACAGCCAUUAGUGUCGCUUGCCUCAUCGAAUAUGUCGAAGGCGGAUCGUUUGGUCGUCAUGUCAACAGAAUUCUUUUUAGUGCCAACGAGUUCAUCGACCACAACAACUCGCGCUACACCGCGUGCAGGUCCAAAAUCAAGAGGUGUACCUGCGUAUAUUCAUCCACCACCGCCAAGUCCGCGUUCAGUGCUAAUUGUGGCACCAAAAACUACAGCUAUAGUGAACUCAACAUCAACACCACCCACAAUAGUACCAAUACAAACGCCUUUUACAGGUUUGCGUAAAGAACCUUGGGUUGUGCCAGUGCUAGUACUAGCUUCGCUGACUAUGCUAAUGAUGGGAGCAUUUGAAAUAUUUGUGCUAUUUAAGGCAUGGCGCACGUCACCUUCAAGGCGACAUCUAUUUCUGGGUCAAAUGUUGCUCUUGGGCCUAUUCGCAUGUGCUGGUUUAGGUGCGGUAAUUACAGCACAACCAUCGUUACUGAGCUGCGGUGCAAUACGUUUUGGUGUUGGUGUUGCAUAUGCGUUAGUCUUUGCAGCACUUCUGGUCAAAUGUGUAUUUUUGAUUAGUUUAAAUGGUGGUGUCUAUUUGCCUGCACCUUACCAGGGUUUACUACUGCUGUUUGCUGUGCUGAUACAAGUAGCGAUUGGAGCGCAAUGGUUACUAACACAACCACCCGAAAUUUAUACGCUUAGUGUGCCAGUCAUUGGUAGUGGUUUGCUAGCUUCCACUGUAGCGUCUAGUUUACAUGCACCCAGUGGUGCUACAUCAGCAGCCUCAACAUUUGCUGCACUUUUUCGUCCUGCUGCACAAUCAGCUGGUGCUGAUCUCUAUACACGCAUCACUGCAGCUGGCACGGUUAUAUUGCCGCUGUGUAAGACACAAUUUUCCGAAUUUUUAUUUUCACUUAUCUAUAUAAUUUUCCUGAUUGUGUUUGUGGCGGUAUUGGCGAUCAAAUCGCGUGGUAUACGUGAUAAUUAUCGUGAGGCCACGUAUAUUGGCUUGGCUAUUGGUGGUGCUAUACCAAUUUGGCUUGGUUGGAUGCUAUGCGGAUUAGCUGUUGCGGAGCGACAUAAGGAUGCUUGCAUUGCUUUUGGGUUAGUCGCUACUUCUGCUACGGUAUUUUUGGUUAUGUUUAUGCCAAAAGGGCGACAAUUGGCUGCAAUGGGCAAAGAAGGCCUCUACGUCGAAGAUCGUGAAGAACAAUUUAGUUCACUGAGUCGUGCUGGUUCGGGGUAUUCACCAUCGUUCUUUCAUUUUAAGCCAUUGAAAUAUGGUGUGAUGAGUGGUGGCAUACAAAAUUCAACUUCAAAUGCGGGAAACGGCGUGAGUGCAAAGCACUGCUCCAAUGCUAUAAAUGGAGGAGGUGAGUACUGCUCAGAUAUAAUUAUUUAUUGA